AUGCGUCGUCGCUCUGGUGGUGAUUUUCCAUCUCCAGCCUUUUCGACAAUAGAUACGUCGUUACAUCAACAGGAAAUCAUGACGCUCAGCCCUACUCAACACGAAGCCAACACCUUCGGUGGUAAUGCUCAAACAUCUUCGAAAAUACUUCCGGAAGAUUCGGUUGAAAGAGGAAGGUGGCACCUCAGGCACCAUAGACCCUCAAUAACGUCUGUAGAAUGUGAGGCAAGGAGCAUCCCAAAGUCCCCUGAACGCCAUUCUUUUCCUGCUGCGCUGAACAGUGUUUGUGCGGUAACCGGAAAGAGGAUGCGAAAACCUGCGGAAGUCAUCCCCAUUUGCGGCCUCUGCCUGGGGACUUACGAGUUGAACAAACAGACAGGUUUCCCUGAGGACCUAAUUGCCUGUUGGAUUUGCGGUCAGUCAGGUCACCCAACUUGUCUGAAAAUGCCUCCUGAGCUGGUUGCACGCAUAAGACAACUUCGUUGGCGAUGUGUGGACUGCAAACGAUGUUGUCUGUGCCAAGUCAAUUCUCGUGCCCCCUCAGUGGUAAAUACGGACCUCACCAUUGACAAAGAUUUACUGUUGUGUGACUCCUGUGACAGGGGAUUUCAUAUGACUUGCCUCGAACCUGCAGUUUCGGAACUUCCUGAAGGUAGUUGGAUAUGUCCUAUCUGUUCUACAGAGGACGCUCUUUCCGCUCCAGUUGACCCUCGGCUAGGGGCGAUAAGUAUCUGUGAUAGACUUACUCAGCAUGAAAUCGACUGGAUGCAUUCGAUGUUGAAUACUAACCAAGAUCAGGAUGUUUCCACGAAGCCAGUUGCCUCAGGUGUGUCUAAGCUCAACAUCCUGACCCCCUCCCAAUGCUCUCCAACACCGGAUCCAGCCAAUCAGCUAAGAGGUCAAAGACUAAGGCGGUCUGGAGGUGCUCCCGUUAGGACCAGAAAUCUCACUUCAGUUAACGCAUCCAAGCGUCUGGUUCAGAAGUCCCUAGCGUCUUGGGCCGUAUCGAAGACACGUCGUUCGCCUAAUAAAUCGGUUCCACGUACUUCGGGGAGUGGGCCUCAGAAGUCUUCAGUGACGAUGUCACCAGUUGCUCCACGUCCCCGACGAACUUCAGCUGUGGCCAGUCAAGCUUGGCAGAGUUUGGUCAGAAAACGUCCGUCACAGGAAGCGAAAAGAGAAGAUACUUCAAUGUUUGAUGAUGAUGAUGACAAGACGGACAUUUUGGUGGAAGAAGGUGGAUCAUUCCAACGCAAGUCGUCUGCGCGAAGCUUGUUCACACAGUCUAGUCCAACCAGUUUGAGGAUUCGGGGGCGCAGUGCUUCUCGUUUACAACUUCUGGACCGGAGAUCCCGUUCUCAAGAAAUACGUAAUUCAGCUCAAUGCGAAUCGAUGGGUUCUUCAGUUAUCUGCUCACAAAGUCCCGAAAAAUUAAUGUCUGACGUCCUGUCCAUACGAUCCCAUCGACCCCAAAUAAUUAAUCAACCCGUUGUUGUGCGACCGUCCAGAGGUCGCCGGAGAAAUAAUUGGCGACAGGCGCCAUCACGGUCGACUUUGCACCGUUGGUCUUCUGCCGGAGUGAAUGUGAAACGGGCACUUGGCUCUUUUCGACGGCGAGGACGUGGUAAACACUCAGUGAUGAGGAGGUACACUCCAAGGCUCCGGGGUAGUUCGCGCCUUCAUUCCGAUUCGAAAAGGUCUCAAAACCGGUCGCUAAUAACCGGUUCUGUACCUGCUAUCUCGGGUGAUGAAGAUGAUGUUGACGAUGAUUCAAGUGUCACUGUGGCCGCUGCAAACGGCGAUUCUGACUACAUGGGUAAAAAAGAUCGAAAGCCUACUGCUGUGUUUGAUCCGUUCAACGACGAAUGUCCGGAAUUCGCUGUGGUUACGGAGGAUAACCGAGCCUUGUUUGCUAGUAUCCAAGCUGAUGUUCAAGCUUGUCUGCCACAGCCCUUGGAGUCGAGCAAGAUAGUCCCCCCGGUUAACAACCCGAAACUUGUAAUUAAUAUGGACACUGCAUCUCAGGAUUCCGCAAUGCCAGGCGACGUAAGCGAGGCAAAAGUCGAAGAAGCGAGGUUUCCUCCACGGAUCCAACUUGGUCGUCAUCUUAUUACCACUUGGUAUUCGGCACCAUAUCCUUCAGAAUACGCAAGGUUGAAUCUCCUCUAUAUAUGUGAAUUUUGUCUCAAAUACUCCAAGACGCGGAAAGUCUACUUGAGGCAUAUCCAGUCGACUGAGUCGAAUUCCUGUUUGUGGUUUAUCUCUUCCAUCCAGGAAAAAUGUCCCUACAGCUUCCCUCCCGGCAAUGAGAUCUAUCGUUGCGGCAAUGUGUCCGUAUUCGAAGUGGACGGUUACACCUCGCGGCUUUACUGUCAGCAGUUGUGUUUGUUGGCCAAACUGUUCCUCGACCAUAAAACUCUUUACUACGAUGUCGAACCAUUUUUAUUCUACGUUGUUGCUCUACGUGAAGCGGGUUGUUUCCAGCUGGUCGGCUACUUUUCAAAGGAAAAACGGUCUGCGCAGAAGUACAACCUGAGUUGCAUCAUGGUCUUACCCCCGUACCAGAAAGCCGCCUAUGGACGGUUUCUGAUUGAUUUCAGCUUUCUUCUUUCGCGUAUUGAGGAUCAACCAGGGUCCCCAGAGAAGCCACUUUCUGAAUUGGGUAGACUUUCCUACGAAUCGUAUUGGCGUUCAAAAGUGCUGCCGUUCAUUUUGGAUUCUUUGAAUAAAUAUCCAAAUGGAGAUGAUACCAUUGAUUUUCACGAGUGUGUGUCGACUAUCCAUCAAAUAAGCACAGCUACUGGUAUCGAUCCGCAUGAUGUGGGUGAAACUAUCGAACAAUUGGCCACAUCAAUUCAGCUGGGUGCUGAUAAGAGGCUACUCAUCCGCUUCGAUAAGUCCCACUUGCUCGCCUUGAAGGCAAAAUACGAUGCGCGUUCGAAAUACUGGAUUCCUGUCGAUGAGGACUGCCUUCGAUGGUCUCCGCUGAUUCACCCAAGGGAAAUCGAUACGUCGGCAGAAGUGAGCGCACCUCAUGGUGAUGCCUGUUUGUCUCGGACACGCUCUCGCGUUACUCGUUCCAGCUCUAAUACAGCUACCACUCAAUCACCCCAAGGCAUGAAUCGAUUCACAUCUCCAACUAGUUCGCCAGAGCCCACUCCUGAAGUUCAUGUUCCAGUUCACUCUGAAGAACCGCAAUCCAUGGGUUCAAGAAGGAGAUUGCGUAGUGACUCAAUGGCGGCGAAUACUAUACUCUCACCUCAACUUUCAAAAACUAUGGGAAGUCCAGUAAUAUCCUCAACAGUUGGACGUGCGCGAUUAUCCCUACGGACGAGACUGGGUACAUCGCCUCUGUCGAACCCGACGAGUCACUUACUUUCAACACCGGAACUCAAUCCGAACAGUCAUCUUUCUCUCGCCACCCGUUCUAAUGCAGUUUUGGCAACUAUGGAGCCAGUGCUCAAAAAACCUACUGAACCGGUCGAAUCGCGCACCCCCCAACAAUCACAUAAAGGUGCACCAUCUACGAUCUUACCUCAGGUAACCGGUAAUGGGGAUAUUGCCACACCUAACGAUCGUUGGCAAAAUCGAAGACCUCGGAAACGUUCAGGACAGUCGCCCUGUCGCAAGAAACCAUUUUUUCCUAACGGACCCAAACCUCCAGAUCCCCCGUCCCCGCAUGGAGGCCCGUCGACACCCGGUAGACCUGGUUUAAUUUCGACUGCCACACAGUCUCGUUCUCGUCGACUGCGCCUUAGUCAACCGAAUAAUAGCGAGACAACAAACUCGACCAACCAGAACGCUGCUGAUCACGGAGACCAAAGUCUUACCAUUCAUGACGAUGGGCAGUCGGUCACUCCAAACGGGGCGGGUCGAUUCCCCUGUUAUGAUCAACCAACUCCUUUGUCCUUUCGGGUAAACUCUAGUUUGCCCGAAACUAGUGAGCUGUCUCCAUUGCGGCCCACUCAUUCCAGUUCGCCUCUUCGUUUGACGGAAAAGUUACUGGAUGCCCCAUUCUGCGGUCCUCCUUCUCCCCGUACUGAGUCACCUCCACCUCUUACUCCUCCACCACCCACGCUAUCUUUUUUGGGCGGAAUGGACAGUGGAAUCAACGAUCAAUUCCUGACACAAAAGUUGAGCGCUACUUCACCCAAAGUCCCUUCGUCUUCCGCUGUACCUCCAUGCCUUUCCUUGUGCGAGUCUACCUAUCCAGUGUCUUCACCUCAAUGCAUGUUUGAUUCAGCAUUCAGAUCUGUACGUGCCACUGGUGACUUAGUGACGGAUGGUGUAUCAUCAAAGGACUUUAUUGACGAUCUUUGGAAUCAUCGUCGUCGUCGCCACACAACACCACCGACAUUGUUCCCCAAUGAAUCCCGUGAUGUAGGUCGUCGUCGUCGUCGACGUCGAUCUUAUCUCGACUCCCCCUUGUUGUCGCAUUCUCAACCAGAUUAUUCGGGUUUCUGUGCAUUCCGUGCGCUGCCGUCUAUCAAUGUUCCCCGUUUGGGUUCCUCCAGACGUACCAUAUCAGAGCAUAAUACAGUCGGGAGCAGGCUUGACGUUCCUGUGUCACUUCACACUAGAUCCUGUCCCAUUUCGCCUGCGGACCUUAGCACGAGGGAUUUUCCAUCACGCCACCCACAAAGCCAGCCUCGUAGUGCAUCCACAUCCCUAUUGCAAGAGGCACUAGUUGUCAGUGAAUUUCCAUUAGCGACACUUCACUCGCCUUCAAGUUCACCUCCACUGUUACCAUCUCCUGUGCUCGACGGCUUGUCGAAAGAUUUCCCAGUUCUUGUUCCCAUGGGUAUGGUUUGCACUCCACGUAACAGCUACCAAUCACAAUGCAGACGAGAUAGUGGAUCCCCUUCACCUCCACUUCUCACAACAAUCCUUCCAGCAAAAAAACAACUUGAGGAGUAUUCCGCUGGUCAUCCACCUGUUUUGUACACUACAGAUAUUAUCGAUGCCAUGGAUUCAUGUGGUUCCAGAGAAUUACCAGGGGCGUUACUCGCAGGUAUCGCUGUUCAACACGGAGAUUCUUAUCCUGUAGGGUUAAAGACACUGUCUAAGGUGGAACUGACUGAUUGCAGUGAAACUUCUUCGUUGACAACCAUCCCGAUGUAUCAGGAUGGUGAUGAAGAUACUAUGGAACUUGACGCACCACUAGUGGAUGCUAGCCGUUCAGCUGAAUCCUCCUCUGACUCUGCAACACUCCCGCACUGGCCUUCACCAGCCUUCACCAGGCACAGUAGUGAAGAGACGAUAGCGAUGCGGUUGGUGACACCCAGUCCUCCUCUGCUAUCAGAUGACGAGGAUUGCGAUCUAUUCAGCACGACUUUAACCACUGCAUUUACUUUCAAAGAUGACCGCUCCAGAUUAUUACACCAUUGCUCUCGCUUUCGCCGUUGUUCGGAGCCGCAUAUUCCAUACGCAUUGUUCCCAGACUCUCCAAUGCUCACACAACGCGAAAACAGUUGUCCUUCGCUUCUGUCUGGUUUCAGUCUUUUGUGCGACCUAAGCACUGCGCGAUCGCGAAUCCCAUCUCCUGAUCGCAGUAUAUCCCUCUCAGAGUCGUGCUCCCAUAGCGUGAUUAAUUUCCAUCCGCUUAGUGACAAUCAUCCCGGACAACUUGAGCCGCAGAGUCAGUCAACAUCGAAUGCGACUCCUGAUUCUUUCGUAGACGAGGAACCUUCAUGUGUUCAUUCUGAGAGUGAGCUUAAAUUGGCAGUGCAGGUGAACUGGGAAUCUCUUAUUGCCGAAUCUGUAUUCCCCAUGCUACCUUUUAUUGAUGAGGAACAUUUACCGAGCUGUGCUAACCAAUCUGUUGUUCCUCGUGCGGUUGUCAAUGUACCUCUUCAAGAACUCUGCGAUACGUGGGAGAACCUACAGUUGUCAGCUGAGCGAACAGUCGCGUUGGCCUCUACUCAAGUACUGAGCACAGUAUUUCGCGCAACAUGUACACAGAAGCCACUGGUUGCAUAUGCAGUUGGAGUUCGAUAUCCAUUUUCUCCUCGUGAACUCGACCACUUUGAUAUCCCAACUGUGGACCUGCCUGCAGCACUCGAGAUAACUACCGUUAUUGGUACCUCACGGUCAUUACCAGCUUCCCAAACCUUUUCCUCAGAGUUCUCUUCGUAUGUGGUGCACCAACCCCGUCGUCUCUCGAUGGACCAGAAUACCGGCUGCCUUCCUUCAAAAGUUUCCCCACUUUCUGUGCAAAAAUUCACUUCUGACGCUUCUGACCAGAUGGCAAAUUAUCAGAGUCCUGUCGUCCAAAGGCAGACACCGUUACCCUCCCCAACUAUUGGUGUAACAUCUCCAACUCUACAGAUUGCAUCACCACAUUCUCCAUUUUUCACUCUUCAGGACAAGAGCACCCUAUGCGGCCAAACCGCCGUGCCUCUAUCUUCUUCAAGUCAUUUGAAAACCCUUGCUUCAGUGCGAGACGAUUUCAAUGGGUCCACUGAACGUUGCCUUCAGCUGCAAACGAAUACACCGCUUAGCUAUACUCCGGAAUCAGAUCAGCAAUUGGAUGAAAGGACAGACAGGUCCUCCGAGUCCUCUGAGUUUGUCUCCCCUGAUGCAAACCAGUUGCUAUCAAACUCAUCCUCCUCGUUCCAGUCUGGUUGUACUUCUCUUCCUUCAAUCGAUAACCCUCACAUUUCAUUCCACCGUCGAAUCUCACCACCUGCAGACACAGACUUCAUCACUUUUCCGUCUCUGCCUUCAAGCAUUGUUAGUUGCGUGGUCUCUGGGUCAGCUUAUGACCCGUCGACUCACUACUUGUCGCCGAACAGUUCAGCAAUUUCCUACCAGGUAGCUACUUCCGCACCACCAUCUCGUUCAAGUCAUCCGUCUUCAGUAAAUCUAGCACAUUCUCUGCCUCGAAAAUCGGUUAACUCCCUUGCACAGUCUAGCAAACGCCGUAUCCGACGUAACUCCAACAAAACCAUACAACCUGCUCCAUCUCAUACGUUGCCACUCAGUCCAUCAAACCGGUACCAAGCUCCUGUAGCUUUUUCACCACUAACAAAUGUUUCUGUCAAUGGUGAUGGACAGUGUUCUAGAUUCACAUAUUCUCUUGCACCUUCCGUACAAUCAAAUCCACCAAAUUUUCCCAUCCAGCCAGCCGCUGUUUUACACAACUAUCAUCCUGUUCCACUAUCACAAAGUCCAGCGCUAUUAAGCACUGCUGUGCCCUCCUUCCAAUCUGUUGAUUCUUCUCAAUUGUGUCCAUCUACCCCUGGUCAACUGCCGACCGUUUCUACGAACAACAUGACCUGCUUUCGUCAGGUCGAAGUCUACGCUCAACCCGAUGGCUCUAAUUUGUUUGCGCCACAGAUGGGACAGACAUCCUAUAACUCCUACACUAUGCCGUAUAACUUACAAGCUGAAUCACAAUCUGUUUGUUUAGAAAAGACCUAUCAUCCUUCGUCCACAGUUACCACUGCACACAUGCCACCGUUUUUGGAAGCAUCAGUCUCUAGCAUCCCGUGUACAUACCCAUGUGUUUUAUCUCAGCCUGCGCAAUCACAAAUGCUCCUCAGUUCUCAGUUGCAGCCUAUGUCUUGUCCGCCAGAUGUUUUUCCUCCCCCAAACACAAACUUUGAACUAAAUCAGAUUUCAAUGGAUCAUGCCACUGAACCACCUUCAUCUGUAGCACCGAAUCCCUCUUUCUUCAGCACAUCUUUCCAGUCACCCACUAUGUUCAAUUCUCCCUGUACCGAUACGAUCAAUGCUUCUCUAAUUUCAUCUCACGCGGGCGGUGAUUUUACUCGCAGCGCUGUCAGUUUCAUCCCGGGCCCUUCGAAUGCUGUCUGUACUAGCCUUUCCAACGGAUUCCAUGACCCCCAAACUCAGUACAUGCUUCCAUUAUGUGAACUCCCCCAAUACCCCACUCGGCCCAAUGUAGAUUAUGUCUUGCCUACGACUACGUCAUUGAUCAACACGAUCCCCUGUCCGGGACCCGUGUAUCCUCCUGGUGGUGCUGUCGACCAGCCAUUGCAACUGCAAACUACACCUCAAUCAUCGCCACAGCAGCAACUUAUUUUCUGUCCUCCCGUUCUAUUUUGCUCGCCGAAUGAACUUCAGGGAGGCGGUGGUUUUGAAUUUCCCACCAGCCCACAACGUUUUACUCCUUUCUUACCGGUGAUGAACGGUGGUCCCUCAAAGGCCCCAUUGUCUUCUCUCCAUCCUCUAGUCAGCCAGCCCCAGCCUGGCUGGCCACGUGCUGAAUUGUUUCCGGGUCAAGUGUUACCACAGGCUUCGCUUCCACAACCACAUCCAAUGAUGCCUAUAUGAUUGACUUUGACGCAACACCGGCUCCUAGAUCUAUAUGUUGGUAAUCUGCACAUAUAUGCGAACUUGGGACUGUUUGCUAUUUUCCUCUGCCUGUUCAGAAUUACGCAGUAUUUGUACAGGUCAACCUUCCAAAUUGUAUCUACAUUUGGCAGUGGCCAGAUCAACAGACUAUCAUCCAUUCUGUGGCUUGCCACAGCUGCCUUCAGAUUCAUUUGUACAUCCGUAUUGUCAUAAUUGUGAUUACAAUUCGUACGAU